GUGUGGCCCGGCGAAUUGAAAUUGAAGGUGGGGUCCAAUCCUGUGUAUCAGGGAGCACGCUAUUUUGUUUGCAGUCCUCGUGCCCGUUCCUUCCAAACGACGAAAAAGAAAAACAUAAGGUUUCUUCUGCUAUCUAGGGCUCGAUUCCAUUUCCGACUCGGAAGCCUUGAAUGCUUCUUUGAACUAUCGAGCUUUUGUUCUCGCGCGUUUUUUCUUCUUCUCUGCAUUGUACCCUAUUCGAUGGAGGAGUCUUCUUACACCGGUCUUCCCACUAGCCACUUGCUCGGUUCAGUUCCUGCUGUCAUUACUGAAGAAAAUAAUACCACGAAACAUGUGGCCAACAAUGCGAGUAUGCAAAUAUUCCCUCCCAACAAUGGAGGAGACAGAGGAAGAGGAUAUCAAACUCUUGGCAGUCCUACUGAAGCUUUCGAACAACAGCCGGCAAACAACUGGAGGGGAGUCUUUAGCAUCUCAUCUUACACACAGUAUUUCAAUGUAGAUACGGAUGUUGUACUGACCAGAUUGAUAAGUUCCUUGAAUCCAGUUGCUGCAGACUUUUUCAGCAAGAUAGAUGCUAACCCUGAUUUAUAUGGGCUUGUAUGGAUCUCAACAACAUUAGUUUUUGUGCUUGCCUCACUUGGAAAUCUGGCCACGUACCUUAUUCUCAAAAACUCAGAAAACAGUACUUCUUGGAGCUUUGAUGUCAGCUAUGUGAAUGUGGCUGCAUGCUCUAUCUAUGGCUAUGCAAUUGUGGUCCCAUUGGCAUACUACUUCUUCCUUCAGUAUAUGGGUUCAAAUGCUAGCCUUAUAAGGUUUUGGUGCAUGUGGGGGUAUUCCCUCACCAUUUUCAUCUUCUCCUCUUUUCUGUUGAUAAUUCCUGUUGAGUUUCUUCGGUGGAUUAUAAUACUCCUUACGGGUGUUGCCUCAGCAAGCUUUGUUGCCUUAAACCUGAGGUCUUACAUAGAAGGCAAUGAGCUUUCAGCGGCAAUUAUUGCAGCAUUUAUCCUGCAAAUAGGUUUGGCAAUCUUCAUCAAGGCUUGGUUCUUUGCGUAGCUAAAAUGCGUUGCAGCAGUGAAGAAUAAGACCCAAGCACUAUCAUCAUGAGCUCACUUCAUUGGCUAACUUUGUUCAAGACGCGAGUGGAAUUGUCUGAAGCAUAAUUGGUUUGUGUAUUUUGGAGUUACUAGAAUGGAAUGGGAAAGAAUUGCAGAGUAGUGCGAUUUCUGUGUCAGCUGGGUCUGAGUGUUCGUAACAUUUUGGCCUAAAGUCUUGUGGUAGACCCAAUACUUUGGAAGGGGAUGGUCAAUCAUGAUUGUAGUAUCUGCGUAUGUUUGAGCUUCUUGCAUAUUUCUGUAAAUAUACUGCGUCAAGAUAAUCUUUUCUUUAAUCGAUUUUUUUUUUUUAAAGUAGCUGUUUUGCGUGAAGCCAAGGCAAUUUCCUGUACUGGUGAAUCAAAUUUUGCUCAUUUGAUCUACUAUUUGAAAUUGACACUGUAAAUUGUAAUAUCGCUCCUCCCAUAACACGCUUGCAUCAUGUUAUUUUUAGUUGGAAUAUGUACUAGGUGGAGCAGUUUAAUAGAGGUCUAACUCAAUUGAUAGA